GAUUACAUGUGAGCGAUUAUAUUUAGAUUCGGCGCAAGUGAUUAUGAAAGAAAAAGAAAUUAUACCAAUUAAAUAGAACCAUAAGCACACGUUCGAAUUGAAUGUAGGUGACUCUCUGUCACAGUCUUAGCGGAGCAACCUUGGGUUAGUUGAAACUUGGAACCCCAACCCCAAUCCCAACCCCAACAACAAACAACAACUUUAUUAGGUAAACACGAGGAGAACAAGAAUCAAAGGGAGCGAACAAGAAAAAAAGCGAAUGGUUAGAAUGAAAAGAAGAUCAACUUUAGUGACCUUGGCUUUUCUUAUGUUCAUGGGUAUUGCUGUCUAUUUCAGACUCUGGGCUAUUGACUACAACAUUUCUCUUGAUGACUCUGAUAUGUUAAGGCGACAGUUUGAUAUUGCUAAUAGGGAGGCUAUGGAUGAAUCUGCUGAAUGGAGGCAAAAGUACGAUUGGGAGGUUGAUAGGGCGAAUAAGUGCGUCAAGGAACUUCAAGUGUUUCAGGAGUCCUCUCGGAAAGCGGAGAAUGCUUCUGGUAUUAACCAUAAAUUUGCAGUAAUGCAAAAGGAGAAUGCAAUCUUACUUGAAAGGGUGGAAACAUUAAAACGAGAGCUUGAAGAGGAAAAGUUGAAGUGCAAGUCACGAUACAUGAACUAAUCAUGCAAGCAUUGACUUAGAGUGGACUAUUUGUCCCUUUAUCCUCAAGUAUUCCAUUUCUAAGCUCAGAUGUUUGAAGGAUAUUUGCCGUAUACCAUUUUCAUCCAUGGAAGAAUUUUGAUUGGAUUGUUCAUGGUCUCGAAUUUUCACCUUAGAGAAACUGGCAUGGCAUCCAGGGAAAUGCACGAGUCAAACUCACCAUCCCUUCCCCAGUUACAUUUUUAGGUGAUUUUAUUAUCGACAAACAUGUUGUUUCUUUAUCUUCAGAGAUGUCUAUUAGUUUACAUUGUUUAGCUUCUUUUAAAAAGAACGGGUGCAUAAUUGUGUUGUAGUCUUUUAUCUUGCUAAUGCAGCUUUUCUCUGGUAGUAGAUAUCCAGUUCUUCUA